UCUAAAUGGAAUACCUAUCCCUUUUUCUUUUACCUGUUGAGGUCUGCACUGCAAUGAGUGACCCACAAUCGAUUGAUUUCCGGGAGUUGGAGAAAGAACUUGCUAUAGCAGUUGCGGCUGAUCAAAAGUAUAAAAGAGAAAAUGAUGCCAAGUUCCGGGCUAUACAUCAAAAAGUGUCAUCUUAUGAAGAGUUCAGGGAUAUUGUUCUGGCCUCUCACCUCAAACCAUUGGAGAGGAAGGAUAAGAUUGGAACAGAGAGGAAGCAGCCUUGGAACCCAGCCUCCACGACAAAGGAUCGGACAGAAGAGUCCACUUGUACUUUAUUACAGGAGUCCCAAUCAGAGCCCACAAAUGCAUUUGAAUUUGCCCGUGAAUGGCGCAGACUGGAAGUAGAGAAAAGGUACAACUUUCUCUUGCGACUCAAAGCUGACAGACUGACCCAGCUCUUUCAUACAGAAGUAUGCUCGGGGCUCCUAGGAGAGAUCUUAACUGCUUUGGAGGAAAAUGUCCAGUGCACUCACCAAGUGGAGGUGCUGAGAAUACUACAUAGCUUGGCUUACACUCAACGUUUCAACCUCAAUCUUGUCUUCCUCAGUGGGGCGGAGGUGGAGAGCUGCAAAAACCUCUUUGUAAAGCUACAGACGUUUAACACAAUGGAAGAAAAUAUAGACACAGACUUUAAAAGAGAAGAAAUGUUAACCACGCUAAAGGCCCUUUACAAAGUCAACCAGUGAAGGAUCUUACUCUUAUUUGGAAUAUAUUUGCAUUGACCUAUUCCUCGUGUUGUGUUCAUUGUUUGGGUUAAUUGAUACCUGCAAUAUCCCUGAUUAAUAGUCAUGGUGAAUUAAUAAUCGGUAGCUCCUCCUCUCACAGCUGAAAAGAGAGGCAACAGAACUAAAAAAAAGUAGUAUACCUUCAGACAGUCUAGGGGGCUAGCUUCUCUACCACGAACGACACGACGAAGAAGAGUUCCAAUGAUCUAACGAUACCAUGGUUAUUAAUCAGGAAAAAAAUAUCUAAGAAGGUUGUCCAAAAAUCAAAACCGGCCUUCGCAUACACAAAUCCCUGUGCAAGGAAAAGCCCACUGCUUACUCAGUGGGAUAUCUCCAUCUGUCCAGGACAAGGAAUGUAGUCCAGAGGAUACUGGUCUGCAACCCCAUGAUAAUCACAAGGACAUCUUGGAUAGCAUCUACAAUCCAGUAUGUGGGAGAAAAUGUAUU